AUGGGGUGUCUUUGCUACCGAGGGCGUAAGAAGAAAGCAAAAUCUCCAACAGCUGCUCUGCAUAGAAGAGGUAAUUAUCAUUCGAGAAUCAAAGCUUCUCAAGGUGGGGCUGCUAAUGGUGAGGCUGGCUCAAGAGACGGUGACAUGGUUGUUAUGACGACCGAUUAUGGUGCUGCUGUACUAGCAGCUACAGCCAUUUCAGCCACAGCUGCUUCCGCAACAUUUGCUAGUGACGGUGGGGGUGGAGGAGGAGGAGGUUGUAGUGGUGGUGGCGGUGGCGGUGGCGGAGGUUGUGGUGGCGGUGGCGGUGGUGGCGGAGGUUGUGGUGGCGGUGGUGGUGGAGGUUGA